AUGCCUGGUGCCCGCACCUCAGCGGAUACGGAGACACAGCCCCGGAAUACCCUGGAUCUGAAUGGGCCAGCAGGAGACGAGUUAGGAGAAGCGCUGAGCAAAACCCUGACCCUGCCAGAACAGCUCCGUAAGCUGCAGGAAGAGCUUUAUCACCUGCGAUGGAGCGUCAGGGAUGUCACCGAGCAUGCUCUCCACGAAGCCCCGAAGCAGGCUAAGCUCCCAGGCUUUACCGGAUGGGCUGUUCAAGAGAUGAUCAAUCAAGUCUUGGAGAAGCUGGAAGAAAACCAAGUCCCGAUGCCUGAUUAUGCCCUCAAAUCAUCAGGGGCUGCUAUCAUUCAUCCAUGGACUUCUCCAUCCUUCCGGAAUACAAAAGGAGUCUUUCUGUAUUCCCUGCCCAUGCUGGAUUACGUCAAGUCUCCUGAGGCUAUUCUGGAGCCAGAAAAUCAUCCGGGAAACUGCUGGCCCUUCCCAGGAAGUCAGGGACACGUCUUCAUCAAGCUGUCUAUGCCAAUCAUUCCCAGAGCAGUCACCAUGGACCAUGCUUUAGGGACAGGCUUCCAUGGAGACAGUAUCUCCAGAGCUCCAAAGGACUUUGCUGUCUACGGCCUGAAGCACCAUGAGGAGCAGGGAACGUUCCUGGGACGGUUCAUUUUCCUGGCGGCGCUCAAUCCCAGUCAGACCUUCCAGCUGAAGAACGAGCUCUCUGGGUUCGUGAAGUACCUAAGGCUGCAAGUGCUGAGCAACUGGGGUCACCCGGACUACACCUGCCUGUAUCGAUUCAGAGUGCACGGUGAUCCUCCCAAAGACGGGGAGAGGCACACAUCUAGUGAAUAG